GUUCUGAACAUACUUUUCUCUCUUCUUCUGUGUUUCCUUUUCCACCUCUCAUUGCUUUCCUUUUGGGGCUCACAGACUUAUAUUUGUUUACAAUCAUGGCGAGUGCUGGUAAGCUGAUUGUGAUGAUUCUUAUGAUCAUGGCAGCCAUUUCCUCUUACAAAGUUUCUGGAGAUCCUGACUUGCUUCAAGAUAUUUGUGUUGCUGAUCUCACUUCUGGUCCAAAAGUAAAUGGGUUCGUAUGCAAAACGAACAUAAGUGACGCAGAUUUCUUCUUUGCUGGCCUGGCUAAACCAGGACUCACCAACAACACAAAUGGGGCUGUGGUAACUGCAGCCAAUGUGGAGAAAAUCCCAGGUCUCAACACUCUUGGAGUGUCAUUGUCCCGCAUUGACUAUGCCCCGGGCGGCCUAAAUCCACCCCACACCCACCCACGUGCCACCGAGAUAGUUUUCGUGCUUGAAGGUGAAUUGGAUGUAGGGUUCAUAACCACAGCCAAUGUCCUAAUCUCCAAGCAUAUAACGAAGGGUGAGAUCUUUACAUUCCCAAGAGGACUUGUCCACUUCCAAAAGAACAAUGGCAAGGUUCCUGCUUCUGUCAUUGCCGCAUUCAACAGUCAGUUACCGGGUACUCAAUCCAUCGCCACAACGCUGUUUGCGGCAACGCCGGCAGUGCCGGAUAAUGUGCUGACAAAAGCAUUCCAAAUUGGUACCAAAGAGGUUGAUAAGAUCAAGUCAAAGUUUGCUCCCAAGAAGUAGACACAACAUGGAGUGGGAUGUAUGUUGGUUCUUGUUGUCAACUAUAAUAGGGAAUUUGAAUUUGAUGUUUGGGAAUCAAAGAAAUGUAUGAAAUUUGUGUGUUUUCUAAAGAACAACAAUAAAAGUGAAAUUUCUAAAUGGGUUUUCUUCUAUGUUGAUUCAUUGCUACUCUAGCAAAUUGGAAACUAAAUGUAUUGCUU